AUGUGCACUAGUGCGCCUGCAUUUCGAAAAUACUAUCGACCGGAGCCAAAAAAGCCAUAUUUACAUUCAAUGAAACUAAAAUCUCCGUUUGGAAGACCUACGCGUUCUUCAUAUCUUAGAAGUCGGUUAAGUUAUGAACGUAUGGAGCGGGAACAUUUCAAAGACUUAAGAAGAGAUGACAGUAAUAUAUUUGAUUGUAAUGUGCUCACUGAACCGAUUCAUAGGUUAAUAACUAACAGUUUAGUAAGACAAUUGUCAAUCAAGCCAACAGAUUUAUACAGUUAUCUAGUUGGUUCUCAAAUGACAGUUAAAGUCAAACAAGAAAUUUCGAAAUCUUUAGAUUUUAGGAAGAAAACCAAGCCGAACCGCAAUGACGCUGAGUUACGUUCAGCAAAUUGUAAGAGAAACAAAAUCAAACGGAAAUCACAAACAUCAAGACCGUCAACGAGUUUUCCGAACGCUGAUAUGCUCAAUAAUAUUGAUACAAACAAUUUUUUGAUAGUAAAAUCAAAGAAUGCUUUGAGUCACUCGUGUUCAAUUUCUACAAGACUAAAUCUAAAUGAAAUAGACGGACUGAAUUCUGAAUUUGUAAAUCUAGAAAAUAAUAUAUCUGUAUGCUUGAAAAUUCAAGGAACUCAAAGGUCAAAUGAAAACAUACUUUCAUCUGGUCGUGCAUACUCAAUACCUUCCAUAUCAACUGAAAGAAUGAGAAGGAUUUUUGAUGACGAAUUAUGUGUUUACGGUUAUCAAACAGGGAACACUUCAAAAGCAUCAGGUUUUCACGAAUUAGAUGAUGUUCCUGAAAAUCAACUUCACGCCAUGUCCUUUUACGACAAAAACAAACAGGUGAAAAUGUCACGCAAAACCUCAACCCGUCCUAAAAGUGCUGGAGAGGCGUACAAUAGAAUGAGUUUGAUUAGAGAUAUGAAAGGAUUAUUAAAUAUUCAAUCUAUCGAUACUCCACCAAAAUCUUUGCUAUCAAGUGCAAGGUAUCAACCAAAUAGAAUUAAAUCAGCAAGAAAUUAUCGACCGAAACGAAUGCAACAAAUAUUUUCUUCAUGCUUAAAUUCUACAGACAAUCUAAAUCUCCAAAAUACUGAUAAUUCUGUUUCACAUGAAACAAUCACAAACAGUGUACAUAGUGCAAGACAACGAGCAGAUAUUCAUUUGCCAAAUGUCAAAUAUUUAAUGGAAACCUAUGAUGAUGUAGAAAAAUGA